UCGCAGGUAAACACUGCUUCUUAAUCACAACCAGUCUAAGAGGGCUGUAAUUUCAAUCUUACACUCUUGAUGAUGAGGGUACUCCAAGAUGCAGAUAAAUUGGAACCUUCUGACUACAUGUUUACUGCUCUCAGCCGUUGAAUGUGGUUCCCAGUACUCUCUUGAGUUCUUGUCUACAGGACAUGUGCAGCCUGGAAGUCAGCCCUUAUUUGACCAACUAACUGUAUUUGAUAGAGUUCCCAUCUCUUACUGCGACACCCUGACCAAAAGAGAACAACUCAAACCUAUCCUGGCAUCAAAAAACUUCCCCAAAUACUGUGAUGACGCAAGUUAUGAUAUCUCAUAUCUCCACAACAUUCCACCAUUCAUCAACAGCACAGCGUAUGUUGUACAGCGGCGGCGUGGCUGCAUCCAGUCUGCUGAUGGGAUGGUGUCAGGUUUUGAUGUCUGGGCAGUGAAUGGAACGGACUUUAUAAGCUUUGACCCUGGAACUAAAAGCUGGACGUCCCAGUCUCCUUCUGCAAUAACAGUUCAACAUCAGUGGAACAAAGAGAAGCAUAUGAACUUUGCCUUUAGCCACUUCAUUAGAGAAGAAUGUCCACAGAUGAUCCAGAUGAUUCAAUUAAGAUCAAUACCACAAAAAACGGAGCUACAUAUAUUUGCCAAGUCCAUUGAAAACAAAGAUGAAGUUCUGUUGAGGUGCCACGUGACAAGUACUGACAGAUCAGUGAGCUCAGUGCAUCUCAUUGGAGAUGGGGCUUCCAGGGCCAGUUCGAUCACAGUCACGGGACCUGUGCCUUCUGGAGAUGGAUCUGUGAUCCUCAGACUGACAGCUAGGAUCUCCCGGAGCCAAAACACCAACACGUAUGGCUGCACAGUACAAACAGGAGGUCACAACAUCACUGUUUUUUGGGAUGGGAGUACUCUUGAUGGCAUAUACCUUCUUCACCUGUCAAGUGCCCACUGGAAAAUUCUGACAGUAAUCCUUGGAUUCUUCUGCACUGUGUCUGCAAUCACUAUUCUGUCCUGUGCAACUAUAGUUCUCCUCAAAUGUGUGAAGAAGAAGUCCUCUCCUCCUUUGCAAGUUGAUCCACAGCUGAUGGAGCAGUUUAGCAGGAUGAUGGAGAAUGUUGCUUCUCCAGAUCUGCAGAGUGUUCUCUCUGCAUUUAUGCGGGGUACAGAGAGAAACAGAGAGCUCCAGGUGCGGUGGGAGGUGAGCAUUAGGCUAAGGGAUCAAAAUUACUAUGAUCCAGAGUACUUUGGUCAUCAAGUUGGAGCACGUUAAUAGAUCAUUUAGAAAUUAAGCAGGGAAUAAAAAAUAUAAUAAAUAAGAACCAGUAAAAUUUGAAAUAUCAACUGAAAACAUUUCUCAGAUGACUAUUUAAUGUAUAAACCUCACUGAGAGUUAGAACACUUAAUAGUGAUUCUGGGUGCAACUCAACUUAUAUUGCCAUUAUCCUGUACAUAACUGCCAUUUAAGGCCACAGUGACAGCUGUUGAGCAAAUGCUACAUAUUCUUACAUUAACACUAGAACCAUCUGUAACUAUCGCUGUAUACCUAAAACUGCCAAUUGGUAAAAUUUACCCACUAUUAAAACACAUUGAUUUUCAAGGCACAAGAUGUUGUAGAAUGAUAAUAAAUGAACCUGAUGCUAAUCCAGCACGGUCUUAUUCCCAAAUUCUCAGAUAGUGCCACUUGGUCAUUGACACCCGUCACAGACACGUCAGUAUGAUACACUGUUGAGUGGCAUCAGUUUAAAAUAUCACCGGACAACAACGUAAUAUAAGGAGCUGGAAAGUCCCUAUACAAGACUGUAUGCAGCUAAUGAACAGAAAUUGUUCAUUUCCUGUGUAUUUUGAAAAGACACAAUGCCUGUAACAGGUGUAAAUUGACACGCCAUCUCAGAACAUCAACCACAGACACACUCAGGACACCGAGUGCAUCACAUGUAGAUGUGAAGGUGCACUGACCAAGCGGCAAAUUGUUAUUAGUUGAAAGUGAGAAUGCAUUGGCUAAUCACAUGCUAUCAUAUGCUAACAUUUAUUUAUUGUAUGCUACUCACAAAAUGACAACAAAAUAGUAUAAUAAUAAACAUAAUAAACUUGCAUUGAAAAGUCCCAUGCCCGAUGUGAAAUUAUAAAUCUCUUUCUCUUGUCUACAGUGAAGGUUGGCCUUAUGAUGCCACCCUAAUACACACUGUCGUAGACAAAUGGCGUUGCCAUAGGAACAUGGAGUUUUUAUCUAAAUGCGCAAAAUUAAUUUAAUAAAUUGUGAAAGAAAAACUUUUUUUUUUUAAUGUGUUCUCCUCGGGGAAAUUUACCUGCAGACGCUUAACAGACAUAAAAGGCUUUUUUGUUUGUUUGUUUGUUUUAUCUUGACAAUAUUCAACAAUAGGGGGUGCUACAUAACAUACUUCUAGAAAAGGUCAAAUACUGGGGGACUUACAUAUUUUAUUGACAUUAAGGGCAAGUAAAUGUUAUCUAUUGGUGUUUCUGGUGUUAAAUAUAUGCAGCAAUAAAAACACAAGACUUUAAACUUUGUUAUCACUCCUGAUGAGGAAUCUCAUGAAAAACACCUUAUAUAUUGCAAUAGCAUUUCUUUCCUUUAACACACUGUACAUCAUUAUACUGUAAAACUUCAGUUAAAAGCUUAGUCCCAGUUAAAUGCCCAGUCCCUUUUUCUAGCCCAGUUUGGCAACAAAUAAACACCUGUCUCAUGAGAUGCCCAGUCUGGUGGCCAAGCAGUUCAUUUUUUAUAAACGGUCUUUGGAUGUAUAAAACCAGGUUUUUGCUACCCACUUUCAAACAGGGGAAGCUCACUUUAAGUUUACAUCAUAAUAUCUGUCAUAUUGUAACGUUAGCGAGACAGUAACUUAUAAAAAGAACAUUUAAUGCUGAAGCUGUUUUUCAACCACACUCAUGCCAUAGAACCACAGCAAAACACACCUCAAAGAUUCAGAUUGGUUUAAACACCUGAACUGUGAUGAAAAUGAGUUUUAUGGCUUAUGGAAAUAAGGAAGUCUGGACAGCACUCUGUCAGAAGACUCUACUCGCAAAUAUCUGCAUGGGACUGAGCUCAAAAUGCAAUGAUGCAGGUGUGUAUUUCCAAAGCGCUGUCAAUCACAAAGGGGUUCAGCCUUUUAGACAGUUCCUCCAAUCAUCAUGCAGACACUGAGCGUCCUCUCCCGCCUACCGCUCCAUUAGGUCCCAGGGAAGCUGAGCCUCCCUGGAAAUGACGGUUUUGUCGCAUUUAUCCAAUGACCGUCUCCCUUUGCUGGGUGAAAAAAACCUGCUCAGCACUCUCGUAGGAAUGCCUAGAGGCUCUGCGUCCACCGUGCUGACACGAGAAUGUAUGACAGGGAGGUCGUGUUUGAAAACUGGUGAUAAACAGCUGACGUUUGAACAUCAUAGUCAUGAUGUUAAACGCAUCCCAGCGCACAUUUAAUGCAAUGUAAAUUCUUAUUUUAAUGUAAAUUCAGUAGUGCAUAUUUGACCAUUUCUUCUAUGAAUUUUUAAGGGAAGUAGAGUUGACAAAAGUUUGUACAGUUUAAAGUUUAAAAGUUUAAACUUUUUGUCAAUAUGGAGAUGCUACACAUCGUUAGCUGGUUUGAUUCUCCACAAUUCAAUCGUUCAGUUCAUUUUACUGAAACCAUGAGCAUCAGAUAAGACCCUAAGUCAUUCAGAUUUACCAGCAUGAUGAAAAAACAAGUUGUCAUUCCCUUCCUCCGAAGCUGUCAUAAAGUCAGAAUAUGUGUCCAUUCUGCGAUUACCCGGUAAAUUAUUCAUAUUCCUUGAGUCUGUAAGAGUCCACCGAUAAAAAAGGUCAGUGUUUUUCAUAAAAAUUAACCCACGUUGUGAUUGAUAUGUUAUUCAAAGCACAAUUUUAUACAAGUAAUAUUAAUACUAGUUCAAAUAAACAAUGUGCUCAUAUUUCCCAUCUUUGCUAAGGAACAGUUUUGUGUAAAAGGAAUUAAAGGCCUGUCCAAUAUAGACAACUGUCUCAAAUCUAAGCCUGUUGAGUUCGGUGAUUUAAGCAAAUAAUAGCCCAGGCUACCAAUUGAAGUUUUAUACACUUUAUAUCAUUGCAUUAACAAAAUGACCCUAUUGUUAUUGCUGGAAUCUAACUUAAAUCUAACUCUAUUUAUAUCUAUAUUUAUAUUUAGAGGACCAACCUCUAAAACUACAUUUUUGGUAUGUGAGAUAAACAGUGUCAAUAAUCACAAGUAUCAUUAAUAGAGAGGCAGCAAUGGUACUAAAGCAGGAGUGUAUUCUGACGGCAGUAUCUCUGCAGGAUAAAUGGCUGCAGGUUUAGAAGCCCCGAGCAGCCACUGCUGGUAAUCAUUUUUCCAUCAGUGUAUGUGCAAUAUUAUAUGCAGGCCUAUAGACAUUCUCCAGGCAGGAGUGCACAGUGAGCACGCAGCCUUACCUUCUGUCUGACCCUUAUUGAAAUGUAUCAACGACUCACUGGUGAGGGGAAAGUAUUAUUUAUGCUACUAUGUGACUUUGCAGCUCAGUUUGCAUUUUUAUUGUUUAUAAUGCUGGACUGUAUUCUGAUUCAAGUGCAAAUGUAUGUAAAUAUUGUUCAAACAAAGCUAAGUAUUUUUUCUAUGUAACUGUUUUUUUUUUUCAAUCAUCAUGUGUAGCACUGAUCACACUGUAUAAUACUAUGAAUCUUUUCCAAAACCUCUGCUGCACUCUUAUGUUCAUGUGCUACUAUUUAGCAUUAGCAAAACACAUUUAAGAAAAACAGCAGAUACCUUUUUUAUCAUUACAUCAGACAGAAAUACAGUAUAUGCAUAAAUGUUUAUUUCCAUUAGUUUACUCUGCACUGCAUGAACAUCAGUAGAAAAGUUUGCGUAGAAUGCCCUGUAACACAGUUAUGUCUUGCAAAGCUACUUUCCGUUUCCAGGGAAUGGGAUGUUCUUUUAUUCCAACCCCUCUUUUUUGUUAGUCUUUUUUUUUUUCAUUUUGUGUCACAUGGCAAAAGCCAAACUUGAAAACCAAAUGUAAGUUUGUGUCACCACACAACCAAAAAUACAAACGCAGGAUUGGGUCAGUGAUCUGUAUUAGACUGACAUGUUUUAAUACAAAGUUUCUGUGUUUCCACCAGUAUUGUCUUUAAAAGCUAAAGUACACAAGCUUUUGUCUUUUAAUAAUGACACGCUGGGAUACAAACAAGUCAAACUCUAUAAUUAUGGAUGUGAAUGAACCUCAAAUGUAUGUUAGAAAAAAAAUCUACUAAAAGAAAGUACAGACUGGGUUUAACUGUCCGCAUUUCAGGGAAGGGCCAACGCAGCUUUAUUGUAUGUUUUUCUGUUAUUCUUGUCUAACAUAUUAUGUGUAAUAAAAACAAAUGUAAAUCACUCUCAA